UUGCAGUCAUCGAUCAUAUCAUUUGUUAAUAAGAUUUACAGUUAUAUUGAUUUCAAUGAAUCAAUGAUUUGUUUGUUAACAUUGUUUUGGCUUUUAGUGACAAUCGGUGUUUUGGUCACUACUUUGGCCACCAUUUAUUUGGACCGACUGUUACCUAAAUCGAUGUCCAAUUUGGUCACAUACGGCAAACUCAUUGACCGAUUCGCCGACAAUACCGAUGUGACCUACGAUAAGAUUUUUGACUCAUUUGUGGCCAAAUAUCUUUCACUACCGAAGAAAUAUUUCACACAUUUUUAUAUUUUUUCACUUAUCUAUCACUUAAUAAUUAUCACAUUAUUGUUGACCACUAAUUGUUUUACAAAUACUAACCACUUUUCAAGUGAUGCCAACAAUUGGUGUCAUCAUUAUGUGGAUCAAGUAUUACUUCCAUUGAUUGGGACAACAAUUGACAUUUCAUUCAAACAAAUACUUAAUGUAAAUAGUCUUCUGUUGAUUACUUCAAUCAUUGUUCAAAUGAGUCGUCGAUUAUAUGAAAACAUGAAUAUUUGUGUCUUCAGUAAUACGAAGAUAAAUAUUAUUCAAUAUACCAUAGGAUUUGCAUUUUAUUUGAGCUGUGGAUUAGCUCUGAUUCAUGCAAUUAAUGACAACAAUACCACCGAAAAUAAUUACCGAAUUAUCUUCAGUUGUCUAUCAUUUGUAGCAUUUCUUGUGGCAUCUUAUCUACAGUUUAAAAGUUACCAAAUAUUAGCAAAUUUAAGAAUUAAAAAAAUAAAAGAUGACAACAAAGUUGUCACUUAUGAUCAUUUUAUACCAAUGGGUGGUCUCUUUGAUUUGAUAUCAUGUCCUCAUUAUUUUGCAGAAAUUAUCAUUUAUUUCUGCAUUUGUUUGAUCACAGGAUUUAACAUUUUGUGGUCAUAUUUGUUGGUUUGGGUUAUUGUCAAUCAAACAUUGGCAGCUCUGUUAUCUCAUAAGUGGUAUCUCAAGACAUUUCAACAUAAGUAUCCAAAACAUCGCAAAACAAUAUUUCCCUAUAUUUUGUGA